UUCUUUGCGACACUCUUCAUUUCCUCACUCCUCUUGAAAAUGGCUUCGUCUUUUUGGAAAGGUGUCGUAGGUGUUGGUCUAUUUGCCUUGGCUCAUGCAGCUUUCUCUGCGGCACAACAUCGAUCCUACAUGCGUCUGACAGAAAAAGAAAAUGAAACAUUACCUAUUGAUAUUGUCUUACAGACUUUGCUAGCAUUUGUUCUUACCAUUUACGGUAUAGUACACAUUGCCGGAGAGUUUAAAGAUAUGGAUGCGUCCUCAGAGUUGAAAAACAAGACGUUUGACACACUCCGGAACCAUCCGUCUUUCUACAUGUUCAACCAUCGGGGUAGGGUGCUGUUUCGCUCCCAUGACCAAGAGGCCUCAUCAGUCCUGAACCAACAGGCCCUGCCCAACCCUCUGCGGCUACGCAAGCUUGAGCAUUUGCACUGAGACUGGCCCCUCCCCUGCCCACACAUUUCUGUGCACAUAUUAUCUUAUUGGUUAGACGAAGGGAAAAGUGAAGUCAUUUCUCCCUCUUUAAUUUGUCUUUGUACAUAUUAACAUGCUGUACAAAUCUGCAUCUCUUUCCAUAAAAGUGGUUACCAUAUUUAAUUCCUUACUGUGCCAACCAACCUUUCAGUUUUUCAGGCAGAUUUGUUUGUAUAUAAUUGUUAUUGCUUAGGAGUCUUCUGAUUUGACACAUUUUUCUCCUACCCUUUCUAAUAGCAUGGGAGAAUUGUUCUUUUAUUGGACGAGGGGCAUGAUGGAAUGUUGUUAUUUGCCACAUGUCUUUCUUGAGCAGCUGUCUGGAACUAUUUAUUUCAUGUUGUAUCUGCAGAUAUGUGAUUUGUUUUAUGGAGUAAAAAACUUUCAAUUCUGUUUAACGAAUUCAUGAGCCGGUCUCCUCAUCCAAGUUAUCUGGAUUAUGGCUAUUUGAUAUAAUCUAAUGCAUAGAAAUAGAAUGAAUAGUAUAGUCCCCAUUCAAGUCAACGAUUUGUGUAAUCAUUCCCUUUCUAUGCAUCUAAUCCAGAUAACCUUUGAAACGCUGGGUCCUGGAGUUUGAAAUAAAGCUUUGGAGCUUAUUCUGUAUGCAAUAAGGAGUUACAAUGGUUGUUGGAGUCACAAACUCAAACUUGAAGGGUGUAGCAUGGAAAGCAGAGUAAGGCAGUGUUACAGCAAUGCUAAUGAUACUGUGAACACUAGAGACUAACGGUAGAUUUCUCUGAGCAAGUUUUUUUUUUUUUGCCAUUUAACCUUUUUGUUAAGAUUGAACAGAAUGUUUUUAACUUAAUAAAAAUCAUAGAUUUUACCAA